CUCUCCCACUUUAGUAGGAUGUUUAACGUUUUCGUUGAAGACAUAAGGCGCUUGUCUCCAAGGACGUGUUCCACGCAGUGAAAAAGGAAGAACAGCUACAGGAAAUAUAUCCAUAAACUUUUACAUGGACUACUAAUAUUCGGACAAACGAAAGCCCGUACCAGAUUCAGUUUGUUAGCCAGAGCACAACCGCUGUUGAUUUUCUUUUUCUUUUUUUUUUUUUUGCGUGUGUGUCCGGGAUAAUUACGCACCUACACACCUCUGUGUCAUUUUUGACCUUACAUACCUCACUCCCUGUUUCUCAUAUUUGAACGUAAGCGCAACAUGUCUCUCAUCCGAAAUUUCAGCACUUCGUCUCAAGCAGAAGCGGACUCAAGCAAGAAAGUGUUGGUCCUCUACACUGGUGGAACCAUUGGUAUGAAACGAGACACGAAUGGAAGUUAUGUCCCAGUGCAAGAUUUCCUGUUUAAUGCACUGAAAGACAGAUUCCACGAUUACGAGUAUGGACAAAAGUUCUUUGUUGAUGAGGAACAAAAUUCCAACUUUGUACUUGGACCGGAGGAGUGCAACAAUGCUAAGAUUAGCAACUGGCACCAAAAUGGAAGUUUUCAGCUAUCAACAAAGGAAGGCUCCCGUAUCCACGUGAAAUUCAUUGAGUAUGAUCCACUGGUUGACUCAAGCUGUAUGUCAUAUGACAUUUGGCUUAGGAUUGCCAAUGAUAUAAAAGCAGAGUAUGAGAAUUUCGAUGGCUUUGUUAUUCUACAUGGAACUGACACGAUGGCUUAUACAGCUUCAGCAUUGUCGUUUAUGUGUGAAAAUCUUGGCAAACCCAUCAUUCUUACGGGUUCUCAGAUUCCGGUUAUAGAACUGCGCAGUGAUGGUUAUGUCAACUUCAUCUCAUCUCUAAUUGUAGCUGCUAAUUAUUGCAUCCCAGAGGUUAUGCUGUGCUUUGAUUCCAAUGUUUACCGCGGUUGCCGAGCUGUGAAAAUAGAUACGGGCGCUUUUGCAGCCUUUGAUUCUCCAAAUCUCUCCCCACUUGUGAAACUGGGAUUCAAAAUCCAAGUGAACUGGUCCUCCGUCACGAGAUCUCGAGAAAUGGAGAAAUUUAAGGUGUUUACAAACAUGUGUACCAAUGUGGCUGUCAUCCAUCUCUUUCCUUCUAUCACCUUAGAAACGAUCAAAGCAGUUAUAUUGUCCGAAGGUAUCAAAGGUAUUGUUCUACAGACGUUCGGUGCUGGAAAUAUUCCAACCAACCAAACACAGUUUGUUGAUCUGUUAAAAGAGGCAUCAGAAAGGGGUAUUCUGAUAGUCAACGUAACCCAGUGUGCCAAGGGCUCUGUUGGCAGGUAUUAUGCUGCCUCUGAGGGUCUUGGAGAGGCAGGUGUGAUUCCUGGUGGAGAUAUAACUCUUGAAGCCGCCAUCACUAAAUUGAUGUAUAUCCUAGGACAAGAAAAUCUCACACUGGAACAAAAAAGAAAGCUCAUGAAGAAGAACCUCCGUGGUGAAGUGACCAUUGUACCCAAAACUGAUUCCCCUUUGAACUUCGAACUUAUUGCCCUGAUGGCAAAAAGGUUGAGCCUUAGCACAAAUGCGGAAAUUGAAAGUUUACGUGAUACCAUUUUCCCGGACUUGAUUUGUACUGCUGCCAAGACAGGAAAUCUGAGUUCUAUGGCAGACUUGAAAGAGAAGGGUGGCAAUCUAUCGUGCUUCAACAAAGAGAACCGCUCUCCACUACACAUUGCAGCACGAAGCGGAUAUUACGACAUGGUGUUGUACCUCCUGAAGGAAGGUGCUUCCGUGCACCAACGAGACGACAACAAUUGCACACCAUUGAUUGAUGCCAUAUCUGGUAACCAACUGGACAUCAUCGAUGCCCUGGUUGGGACAGGAGCCAGUCUAAACUACAUGGACGCGGACAGCAUUGGGAUGCAUCUUUGCAGUCUUGCUGCAGUUGAUAAUGUGAAGGCCCUGGAGUCAUGGAAACGAGCAGGAGCAGACCUAAAUACCAAAGAUUACAUGGGAUCAACAGCUCUUCAUGUUGCAGCCAAUAAAGGCCAUGAAGAGGCUGUUCAAUUCCUGUUGAGAAAUGGUGCCAAUCCCAAGAUUACUGACACAAAUGGAAGACCAGCAAAGUAUUAUGCCGCAAAACACAAUAUUGGUCAUUUGUUUUGACAUUUAUGACUUUGAUGAAAUAACAAAAGUUGAAUUUCAUUUGUGAAUUUGAACAACAUGUCUAGGAAUUUGGAAAUUCUUGUAUGUCAGAUAUAGGCAAUUUGCUGUGUGUGUGUUAUGUAAGAGUAGCUAUAUUCUUUACUCUGUGUGUGUAUGUGUAAGCAUGCAUGCUUGUGUACUCCCCAUGUGUGUAUGAAAAGAGUGCUUACGCAUGUGUCCUUAUCUACAUGCGAUAAAUAUAUAUUUGUGUAUUUGCAUAUAUGUAUAUAAUUUCAUAUGUGUAUGUGUUUGUAUA